UGACACAUCAUCUGAGUGGUUUGAGUGAUUUGCCAUCAGAUUUUGGGAAAUUGACAUCUUUGCAAGAGUUGGAUAAUUUUAUAGUUACGAAAAACAAUGGUAUAGACUCUUUGCCAGCCUUAAAUCUUAUGGGAUCUCUGCGUAUUGAUUUUAGCAUGUGGCGAAGCAAUGCUGUUGUGGAAGCACAGAGGGUAACUUUGAAGGAUAAUCGGCAAUUGGAGUGUCUUGAAUUAUAUUUUGGUUCUAUGGAAGAAGCAGAAGUUACUCCUACUUUAGGUGAAAUGGAUAAAAUGUUAAUGUGCUUGCAAUUGCCUCCAAAUCUUAAAAAGUUUGAAAUUUUAUCCUACAAAGGAGUUGAGAUGCCACGUAGAUGGUUAGAUGGGCUAUCUAGUCUUGUUUCCAUUAGAAUUUAUGGUUGCUAUAAUAUCAGAGUUUUGCCUCACUUGAGCCAGCUGCCUCAUCUUAAAAAUCUUUUUCUGAUUGGUCUUCGUGCCUUGGAGUAUUUAGAAGAUGAAGACAUCUUGGUGGAUGGUGGAGGUGGAGGUGGAAAGGGUGGUUCUGGAACCCGCAAUGUCUACUUCCCAUCCUUAGAGGUUUUGCAAUUGGAGGAUUUAUGUGAAGUAAAGGGAUGGACAGGACCAUCAAAGGAUUAUGAUGAUAUUGGUGAGCCAUGGAAGUUGUUGUUUCCUCGUCUUUUGCAAUUGAAAGUUUAUGAAUGCUUCAAGUUGAUGUCAUUGCCUCUAGCACCAAAGCUGGAGUCAUUAAGUGCUCUAGAAAUCAAUUGGGAGGUGUUUGAAUUGAAUCUGACGUCAAUUGAUGAGGAAGCACCAUCAUCAUCAUCAUCCACUCUUUUCAACUCAUUAAAAGAGCUGUAUAUUUCAUUGAUUGAUGAUGGACCAGCUUCUCUGACAAUCAGUAGUAGGUUGUCUGAUCUACAGAAAUUAAGCAUAAACAAUUUCAAGAAACUGCAGAGUUUGAUAUUAGAAUCUUUAAGUUCUGUUCGGCAUCUCACAAUUAUAAGCUGCAAAAGCUUGAAAAACAUAUCAGUGGGAAAUCUAUCUGUCCUUGAGAUUCUCGAAAUCUCUGGUGGUAAAGAUCCGGAAGAAGAGCUCCCGCAAGGUAUUGCUUGGCUAACCACGCUUCAGAAACUUGAAAUUAGAUUCUUUGACAACUUGACUCAACUUCCAGAAGAGAUGGGAAACCUCUCAUUGUUGCAUGAGCUGAAGAUUUCUAAUUGUCCAAAGUUAGCAUCACUUCCACAAUCAUUACUAGACCUUACCUCUUUGCAGAUACUUGAUAUCUGCAAUUGUCCUGAUCUGAUAAAAAGAUAUAAGAAGCUGAAUGGCCCAGAUUGCCACCUUCUCCAACAUAUUCCCAAGGUUCACUUUUUUCUCUGGACAGAUUCGGACUUCAACAACUAAAGGUUCCCAACACUUUUCUAGCUGUAUAGCAAAUUCACAAACAAGACAACUUGCUGCGCCACAGAGGUACAUACUUCAUCAAAUGUAACUAUAUAAGGCUCUAGGACUUGAAUCAAACUGUAAAAUAUUACAGAGAGAUUGUAAUUUAUGGUCCAUAGAUAUUAAGCUAGUAACUCAAAGUCUUUGCUUGUGAGUUAUGUAUACUUGUAACUUUUUGUGACAGAACAUUUGAAUCUGUAAAUAAGUGUAGAUGAAAUACAACACCGGAAAAUUAAUAAGGUACUCUGUAUAUAUGAUUGAUUGUCUCUUCAGUAUGAACUUUGUAGCUUGUUUGAUAUUUCACAAUGUAGAUUAUUUCCUACUGAUGUGAGUGCUUCCCAUGUUUAUCAUUUGGUGUGUAUGGUAUACACUAUAUAGACCUUCCUUUGUAUGUAUUAAAUUACUGUAUUAAUCUUCACGAGAUAUGCCUCAGCUUC